CCACGUUCACUCCCCCUGCUGUCUAACAUCUACACAGAAGGAAAAAGAAUACCAUCUACUAAUUACUAUGCACGUCUUCCCGUGCAAAUCCCUCAGUUUUCGAACCUGACCAUGUUCACUCCUCCUGUUGCUUUCCUUCAAAAUACAGCCAGCUUUUCUUAACUGGCUUUUCAUCUCUAUAGGUUAUUGUGUUUUGUAUAUAUACAUUCCCUUGCCCCUCCCCCAGACAUCUCCAAGCUCUUGGCGAGCUUUUUUUGGGGACACCUCUCAUAGCUUACACAAAAUCUACUAGAUAUGGGUGAGAUUAAGUUCCAAGUAUACAACAAGUGCAGUACCGGGGCCAAGACGGCCCCUGCUACAAGGAGAUCUAAGCAUAGCUUCACCAACAAGUGUGCGGCCUUGGUUAAGGAGCAACGUGCUCGUAUCUACAUCCUACGCCGUUGCGCCACCAUGCUUCUUUGCUGGUAUAUUCAGGGUGAUGAUUAGCCAUCUAGCUAUAGCAUAUAUAUACUACUACUCUAGCUAUAGCUGUGACGUAUAUUUCUUGAUUUCUUUCCUUGCCCUCAUAUAAAUUAAUCUCUUACAUCAUGCACAAUAAGAGCUCCAUAUAUCUGGUCCAGUACGGUUUGGUUUCAUGGGGUAAGGGUGUGGUUGCAUAUCCGUUUUCUCAAGCUACACAGAAUUUUCUCCUUGUAAGUGCAACAGUUCCCUCUUUUUUUUACCUGAUUGGAAAGCAAUCCAUAUCGGGUUUCUGGGGGCACAGACCAUAGGAGAUCGGUUAAUUUUUACUGCUGCACUCUUUCCUUUUUCACCACCCAACUGGUUCAUCGAGUAUAUAUGAAGAUCAAUGGAGCUGAUUAGGAGAUCAAUUAAUAUAAUAUGGGGGGACACGUCUCUCAAUCUUUUUUUUAUGACUGUCAAAGGUUGUUUGUUUGCCUGUUGAUGGAAGCCUUAAUUACUGUAACCUGUACUGCUGUUCUUUUUUACCUGGUGUCUCCCUCUGAAUUAAUCAAUCUUUUUUGGGAAGUAACAUGCUCUAAGUUUGUAACAACCAGCAAAGAAUAUGAGGGAUGAUUGUAAGUUGUAAUUGCUGAGUUGAGUUUGUAACCCUGGAUCAUCUGUACUAUUUUCUAUCAUGUUCACUUUGAACUGAGUCUCUGUGAUGUGAUCUUUGUACAGAGCUCAGUUCACACGCCACCUACUUCUUUGUACGUGAACAUGGAAACUGUUGGCAACUAAUAAGAUUUGUGAUCAAAUACA